AUGGACAACUACAUGAAAUCUACAAACCGAAUUGAUGAUGUUCUAGUUCUAACUUCAAAAGGAAAUGAGUUAUUCACUAAUAUUAACUUAAGAAUUGAUAAAGAUCGGCAAUGUUGGUAUUGGGUUAUAUACUGUUCAGGGGAUGAAAAUACUUGUCAACGCUUAUGUAAUGAUGUUGAAAGUUGUCUUGAAUCAUAUUCAAUAGUAAUUAGCAGAAGGGCAGAUCAUAGAAAUGUGAAAGGAAUUAAAGCUAAAAUAUUAGCUCCACUUAAUGAUGCUUCAGAAGAUACAAUUUCUAAAUCUUUAACAAAUCAGCAUUUAAUUUGUGAUAAUAGCAAGCUUCAGCAAUUUAUUAAAAAAGAUGAUAAAAGUUUAAAGACAAUUUAG